AUGGCCACGACGACGACACAGGGCGGAUACUCGUUCGCGCACGAGCACGAUCCGCGGUGGACGGCCGUCGACCAGUAUACCAACGGGCAUCUGCUGGGUCCGUCCCGGAACCCGUACCACGCGGCGCUGGAGUUCGCCCAGUCCAAUUCCCGCGCCAAGGGUCUCCCCGACAUCGCCGUCUUCCCGGCACAAGGGAAGCUGCUGUCGCUGCAGAUCCAAAUCACCGGCGCCAAAAACAUCCUGGAAGUCGGCACGCUGGGGGGCUACUCGGCCAUCUGGAUGGCCGCCGGGGCCGGGGCGGACGGCCGAGUGACCACGGUCGAAGUCAACCCGGAGACCAAGAAGGUGGCCGAGGAGAACAUUGCCCACGCCGGGCUGAGCGACCGAGUCACCGUCCUGCUCGGCCCGGGCGUCGAGGUCCUCCCGGCGCUGCUCAAGGAAGUCCAAGCCGGGAAGCGCCCGCCCUUUGACUUCGUCUUCAUCGACGCCGACAAGGAGAACAACCUGGCCUACUUUGAGUGGGCCCUGCAGAUGACCAAGCGCGGGACCUGCAUCUACGUCGACAACGUGGUCAGGCGUGGCCUGUUGGCCGACGAGGCCGCCAAGGAUGACCCGCGCGUCGCCGGGUCGAGGAGGCUCAUUGAAGCCGUGGGCAAAGAUGACAGAGUCGACGCGGUCGUCCUGCAGACCGUGGCGGAAAAGAACUAUGACGGGUUCAUGAUGGCCGUGGUCAAAUAG